UUUUUAUUAUAUUGUUUAUGUGUAUCGUGUUAAGAUGACGACUGAAAAAGUUUGUAGAAAGGACAAAAAUCAAAACAUACAAGUCUUCGUUCGACUACGGCCACUAAAUCAGCGGGAGCGUGACAUCAAGUCCUUGGGGGUGGUGGAAGUAGUAAACAGCCGUGAGGUGGUGGUAAAGCAGUCACAGCAGACUUCACUCACUAAGAAGUUCACCUUUGACCGUGCAUUUGGACCACAUGCUAAACAGGUGGAAGUAUACCAGGAUGUGGUGAGUCCGCUGAUAGAAGAGGUCCUUGCGGGCUACAAUUGUACCGUGUUUGCCUAUGGGCAGACCGGCACGGGCAAGACCCACACCAUGGUUGGGGAGAGCACCGGUGAUGAGACCACUUGGCAGAGUGACCCUCUGGCCGGCAUCAUACCGCGAGCACUGAGCCAGCUGUUCGACGAGCUGCGCAUCUCCAACACGGAGUACACUGUCCGCGUAUCCUACCUCGAACUCUACAACGAGGAGUUGUUUGAUCUGCUCUCCUCAUCCGAAGACAACUCCAAGCUGAGGAUCUACGAGGACGUCACCAGAAAAGGAUCCAAUAUUGUUAAUGGCUUAGAAGAGAUCACGGUAUACAACAAGAAUGAAGUGUACAAGAUAAUGGCUCAGGGGCAGGAGAGGAAAAAAGUGGCAUCCACACUAAUGAAUGCUCAGUCAAGUCGCUCGCACACAGUCUUCACGAUCGUAAUUCACAUGAAAGAGAACAGUCCCGAGGGCGAGGAGCUGGUGAAGAUCGGCAAGCUGAACCUAGUGGACCUGGCCGGCUCGGAGAAUAUCAGUAAGGCGGGCUCGGAUAACCCCGCCAAGAGGGAGAGGGCUAGAGAGUGCGUCAACAUCAACCAGUCCCUUCUCACCCUUGGCAGAGUCAUCACCGCACUUGUGGAGCGACAUCCGCACAUACCUUACAGAGAAUCCAAACUGACGCGCAUUCUCCAAGAGUCGCUCGGCGGUCGCACUAAAACAUCGAUAAUAGCCACCAUUUCCCCCGGACACAAGGACUUGGAAGAGACUAUGAGUACUCUGGAGUAUGCGCACCGCGCCAAGAACAUCCAGAACAAGCCAGAGGUGAACCAGAAGAUGACCAAGAAGGCCAUCUUGAAGGAGUACGCCGAGGAGAUUGACAGACUGAAGAGAGAUCUUCAAGCAGCCAGGGAUAAGAGUGGUGUUUAUCUAGCAAACGAGACAUUCGCCGAGAUGACAUUAAAACAAGAGGAGCAAAAGAAGGAGAUACAGGAGUUGCUGCUCAAGAAGAAAGCGAUGGAGGACGAGCGCGACCGCAUGGUGGCCGUGUUCGCGGACUUGAGCCAGCAGCUGGAGCAGCGGGACAGCGAGCUAAACGAUACCAGGAGCAAGCUGGACACCACCCGGCUCCAGCUGGUCAAUACCAGCAAUAUGCUGGAGUGGACGCGGCAGCAGGUGGCCGAGCAGCAGCAGCUGGUGGCGGCGCACAGCAGCACCGAGCAGGUGCUGGGCGGGCAGGCGCGCGCGCUGCUGGGCGCCGCCGAGGCGGCCGCCGCGCACGCCGCCGCGCUGCGGGCCGCCGUCGCGCGCCGCGCCGCCCGCGACGCCGCCAACGCGGCCGCCGCGCGCUCGCUGCGACACCACGCAACCUCCGCCCGCCGCCGCCUCGCCCACCGCGCCGCCUGCGCCGCCGACAAACUGCGGCAGGCGCACCGGCGGCUGCACCGCACCGGAGAAACUUUCACUACAAACACAACGCAAACACAAGAAGCAAAUAAACAGAAAAUGGAAGAAUUAGCGCAAAGGAUAACAGACAUAAUGACAGAGAUCAAAGUAGCGGCAUCGCAGGCGCAAUCGGAGUUGUCUCAAAACGUGAGCUCACAGACUACAUCGACGCAGGCAGCGCUGCAGCGCCACAGCAAAGCGCUGCAACGUGCACUGGAAGCGCUGGUGACGGCCGUCGCGAGCGGCCACCAGCGCGUCGCCGACCUCGGCCUCACCACUAGCGUCGCUAACUUCGUGCGACAGUGGGAAGAGGGGGCUUCUGCCCGCGUGCGGUCGCUGCAGGCUGCGCACGCGGCGUACUGCGGCCGCGCCGCCGCCGCAGACAGCCGCUGCUCGGCCGCCACCACCACCGUCCGCGACCAGCGCCGCCAGCGGACUGCCGCGCGUGUCGCCCGCGUCAAGGACACCAUAGCCAAAAUCGAAGAAGAGAAAACGUUAAUGGAGGACAGACUUUCGAAAAGGCUCAACGAUUGGGUGGAAACAGAAACUAGAUUGUUAGAAGAACGACUAGCGCGCCACGCGGCCGCCGAAAGACAAGCAUUAGACGACAGACUAAAGAAGAAGAUGGAAGAGGUAGAGGAAGAACGGAAACUUCUAGAAGAGAGGAUAACGGAGCAUAUACAACAGCAGAAGUUACAGUUAGAGGCUGAUGAAGAAGAGAUGAAGCAGAUUGAUGCAGAUUUAGAGAUGAGUGAAGAAGUGAAAGAAGAACGUGUAAAGAAUAUGAAUAAAUAUGGAAAGGAAUUUGAGGAAGGAACAAGCUCCGUCAGCGUAGAGAUGGAGGUGUUCAGCAAAAAUGUGGUGGAAGUCGUGGACCACAUCAACAAUGAGCUGAUGCAAGUGUUACACCAAGCCAAAGAACUUAUUGAGCGCGAGGCGAAUACCACAAUGGAGGCCGAGCGCGCGACUUCGCGACAACUCGAGGACGACAUCGGCUCAGUGCUCGCCGGCGUGCAGCACAGCACGGGACUACUGCUGCACACUGUUAUUGACAAGGUCGAGGCUAACAGCACGUCGACAACACAAGAGCUAUCAGCUCUCGCCACCACGACUGGUGAAUUGAUAACACUGUCGAAAGAGAACAUGGAUGCUCAGUCGUCACUUGUGACGGAAGCGCAGACGGCCAUGACAGAGUUCGAGUCUGAAUUGACGGAGGCGGUCGAAAGGCAUGAUAAAUUAGAGGAGAAAUACCUCUCGCAAGAGUUCAAGCCUUAUUCUCCCACUGGCACGACUCCGCUGCGCGGCGAGUACUCGUUCCCGCGGUCGCUGGCCGCCACCUCGCCGCACCACCGCAUCCUCGCACGCUUCCGCGCCAUGCGCACUGCCUCCACUCAGGAUGAUGAUUGCAUGGUGGUGGAAAGUGAGGAGAUGCGGCCCAGCGACUCGGAGAGCUCGCUGUCGUCCGCCUCCGAGGACUCGGUCGCCUUCGCCGCGCCCUCACCGCCCGACGAUCACAAGCCCAUCGUCAAGUGCACCUCCGAGACUGACAUAUACGUUA